AUGGGCUCUGAAUCACAACUACACGAGACCUCCGGUCCACCGAGGGAGGGUGGAAGCUGUUUCAAUGACAAACUGAAGUCGAUAGCGUCCGAGUGGCUGCGGUCAGAGCCACAGGCGAGCACAAACGAACGAAACCGUAUAUUCGCUUCUCGAGUGAAUUGUCUAUAUCAAAAGUUGAGAGAUCUGAUCAGUGAGCGGAAGGAGCUCGAUGAGAACAACGACAGAGACUUGUUAGCGUUCUUGUGCAACGAGGAAACGCAGUACGAAAUCGAUGACUGUGUCAGGUGGUGUUUGCUGCUGCAUACUUGCAAAUCGAGGAUGGAAGAAGGCAACCAUCAGUACAAUGCAAGGAUGGCGCUGGGUGAGCGGCUGCUCAAAAUAAAGCCCAUCUUGGCGUUCAUCGCGAAUGAGAAGGCCAUAACUCGCGAAGGGGUGUCUGCUCACGCAAACGGUCUUGGCCAGCCAGGAGUGAUUCCAUGGGAAUGCAAGUUCCCGGAUCACCAGGAGUACUUCAAGCACGAAUUCGAACAAGCAACCUGGGCCCCUGUCAUCCACUUGAUCCAUAGUGUUAUGGACCCAGUCCUUACAUUUCUCUUCAACCAUUUCGAUGCUGCGUCCAAUAUGAAAAGCCUCGUCUGUGACUCUCUCCAAAGAGAUAAGCUUGAUGUGCUUGGUCAAGCCACAAAAGCUUACCACUUGUCUCAGCUCGAGGACAACGCGGACAAAUAUCGAGUGUUGGAAAUUAUAAGUCUGCUACUUGCAUUCGACCCGGGACUUGCGGGGGAUCCGAAUGCAAUCGAAUAUGCAAUGGAGAGACGGAACUAUUCAGUGGUACACAAAAUAGUAUCACUGGCGCCGGCAGGGACCAUCAGUGCGAAACAUAUGUUUGACAUUCGGCGAAAUGCGUCUAUAGGGCUUUCGACAGACCUGUUGGAAAGACAGGGCAUCGGCAGGAAAUGCAGCUUCGAAACGGCUAAAUGGUUAAUCGUAUCGGACAAGCAGGUGUGGUGGACUGAAACAGAAUGCAAAGAGGGGCUGAAGUCUUUGGUGACAACGAAAAGAGAUGAAGCAGAGCUACUGCUGAGGUUAUCACUCGAGAACAACAGAAGUUGGGCGGUGGAUGACAUCUUGGAGCACCGCCCUGACAUUUUUGAUGCCUCUCAGGCUUAUGCGUUGAUCAAAUUAGACCGCUUGGAUCUUUGGAUAAGGGAUUCGGUUCAAAAGGCUUGGAAAAAGCAAAGUUGCUCUCGCAAGGUCGAUCUGCUUCCAGCGGCAGUCCAGCAGCAGAAGGACCAGUUCGUGGAAUGGUUUAUAGCCAAUGACACAGAGUCGGUCUUAAACCUAGGCGAAGUGUCCAACAACCCUACGAUGGAGUCCCACGAGAGCAGCUCCUUUGGAAAGAAAUACCCCCUGUGGCACAACAAGUACGAUGCAUCUAAGGGACUUGCGGUUUUGCGCCACGAUCCCAAUGAGAAGAUACGGAAAAAGCUCAUUGCAGCAUGCAUCAAAGCAUCGGAAAAUAUGCAACAGCUGGUAGAGAUUCUCAAAAGUUCAGGCCAAUCAGUAGCGCAACUGUGCUUUGACCUCUCCCUAUUCGAUUCUGGAGCCUUUGCCUUCGACAACUUCGUUCAAAGCAUGAUACGCUGUAGGACACUCGACGACAGAACGAGCUUUGAACCAACGAUUCGCUACGCCGACAUUCCAAACUUAGACCCACACAGAGAGGAUCGUCGAGUCGGUGUUGGGAUCGAGUAUAGGGAAAUCUUCGACGUCUUUGACUGGCUCCGGAAUACGCAUAAGGUUGAAGAGAUAGUGAAGGUUCGAGUGCUUGAUAGAAUGUGUAAUCCACACGACGAGGCCAAAAUAGGUGAGUAUGUGGACAUGUUUCAUGUGGCAAUUUUGGACUGGAGGUGCCUUGACCUCUCCUUGAGUGUGUUUAGUGAAAGAACCAAGGAAAGUUUGAGAGAACUGCACCUGUACUCCAGUGGAAAGCGGGCUGUCUUAAGUCACUGGCUGAACGAAGGGAAUAUUACCUCAUUGAAAUCGCUGGAAGUUUUGCGCAUUUACAUUAUUGAGGAUUUCCUGAACAAAAAGAGAGGAGAAGCGAUAAAGGCCUUCAUCAAGGCAUUGACCAAAUCCUUAUACGAAUCGCAACCCGAGUUGCGAGGCAAAAUCGAAGUCAAGUAUCGUCCGUGGGAUAUGCAGCAGGUCUCUGCCGAUAGCAGCCUUGAAAGGAUUGCGCAAAAAGCUGUUCCGAAACUUUGGCCAUUCAUCAAAGGCUACAGUGACCAUGUCCAGAGCAAACUACUAGUUGCCGAUGCCCGACUGCGGAAAAGCAAGGUUGCCAUUCUCGAUAGCGGCAUUAUGCACGUCGCUCCUAUGAGCGAGCCAGGGACACAACAAGAAAAUAGCGGAAAUUAUAUCACGGGGAAACAGGGAGAAAGCAUGUGGAGUUUGUGGCCUCGAGCGAUCUAUUGGGCUAUUGAAAACGAGGUGGAUAUCAUUUCGAUGAGCUUUGCUCUUUACGAACCCGAUAGGAAAUUACAGCGAGCGAUUCAAAAAGCAGAUGCUGCAGGAAUUGUUAUGAUUUGCAGCAUUCACGACGAGGGAUACAACAUCCAACACGCCUAUCCCGCAAGCUACGAAGAGACGAUAACCAUUGCAGCAGCAGAAAAGUACGGUGCACCAACGAUCCAGACUCCUAAAGACAUGUACCAGUUUCGAAUUCACGCCACCAACAUCCCAGCCGGUAUCGUGCCCUAUAUCCAGUCCGACAGCACCAUCUCUGGUAGCUCUGUGGCAACCGCAAUCGCCUCUGGACUCGCCUCUCUGAUCCUCUGUUGUCACGGAAUGUGUUCCAAAGAUCCAAGCGACGGUACGGAUAAAUGGAGGAAAAACAUUGUCAAGUGGCAUUUCGAGUCACUCCAAGAGGACAAAAACGACAAGUACAUACAGCUUGAUAAAUUUUGUAACCUUCGGGAGGUGCAAAACGGUGGGCUGCUAAAUAUAUCAGCUAUGAUCAAGAACACUUUUGAAGUUGAUGGAAGAAGGUGA